AUGAUGAUAGAUAUUAAUCAAGAUAAUAAUAAUGAUGAUGAUGAUGAUGAUAAUGAUCGAACAGAAACUUAUACACCACCACCACUUGAUGAAACAAAUGAUUUGAAUAAUGAUAACGAAAAAGAAUAUAAUUGUAAAGAUACAAAUUCCAUCAAACAACAAUCAAUUAUAAUAUUAGAUGAUAGUUCGGAUGAAGAAACAACUACAAAAAAACAUAUUAAUAAUGAAUCAAUUGAUAACUAUUGGGAUCAAUGGCCACAACUCGAUAAUGGAUUGAACGAGGAAGAACGUUUAAAACUAUAUUCCAUGCCUGAUAUUGAUAUACCUCCUUCGCCUCCACAAGACAUUAUUUUAUCUGCAGAUAAAAAAAUUUCUACAACAACGGAAAACAAUAUUCUUGAUAUUUUAACUCUUCCAUCAUCAUUAUUAACAUCUAAUCAAACUGAUCACUGUAAAAGAAAAAAAUCACCAGCAAAACGAAAGAAAAAAAAGAAACCAAUGUCUGAAUAUCGAGCACCAUCACCAUUUUCACCUAAGCCAGAUUAUAAAUCAAUGGAUAUUGAACAAUUAAAAAAUCAUGCUACGCGUUAUGGUUUAUCUACAACACAAGCUAAAGGAAGAUUGAUUAAAAUUCUUGAUGAAAUUUAUAAUUUUACUCAUCAAUAUGAAACCGAUACUGAUUAUGAAUUUGAUACAAAUGAAAUUAAUGUUCCAAAAUAUAAUUCAAAUAAAAAAGAUUUAUGUCAUACGCCACCGACACCAGUAAUUAUUUCUGAUGUCAAAAAACUAAAACAACGAAAAGCUAUUCAUCAAAUGAGUUCUUCCGAUGAGGCUGACGAACAUCCACCACCACCACCUUCAGAAACGAAACCAACUCCGAUAACAACAGAAGAGAAUAAAGAUGAUAAUCAAUCAGAUGAGGAUGAUACAGAUCAUGAAGGUCGUUUUCUUGAACUUACAGUUUACGAUCUUUCAUUAUCAACAACAUCCUCUAGUUCAUUAUCGAUUAUCGUUACUUCACCUACUCAUCCUUCAAAUGAUGAACAUCUCAGUGAUUCACAGAGUAAUAUAUGGUUUUCAAAUUUUCUAAUUAAUUUAUGA